AUGAAAUUACAAGCGGAGGUGGAUAGGCCAGGAGGGAGCAUGAUUGACAACUACGUUACACAAUUGAGUUUUUCGUUGUGCCGUAAAGCAGCUGGACUCGUUAGCCUUCAAGCCCGUCUUGCUCGGUUCCAACACCGUCUGAAAGAACAAGAGAUACUUAGCCGGAAGAGAGUUCCGCGCUAG